CCUCGCAGCUUACUGGAGGUCUCCUUGCGCCCGGACCUGCACACGCUCAACCUGCACUGUAACCGCAUUUCCAGGAUCGAGGGGCUUGGUCGCCUCCGGAAUUUGCAGCACUUGGAUCUGUCGUCUAACCAAAUCCGACUGAUGGAAGGGCUAAGCUCCCUGGCUGAUCUGCGCACGCUGAAUUUGUCCUGUAACCUGAUCACCAAAGUGGAGGGCCUGGAAAAACUCUUUAAUUUAACUACACUGAAUUUGUCAUAUAACCACAUACAUGAUCUCUCUGGUUUCCAGUGCUUUCAUGGAACCAGUAAUAAGAUUAGUCAUAUUGAACUUCACAGCAACUGCAUAAACAAUAUUAAUCAUUUACUUCAGUGCACAAAGGGGCUGCGCUAUUUGACCAAUCUCACAUUAGAAAAAAAUGGAAAGACCAAUCCAAUUUGUCACAUAGCAGGUUACAGAGAAAUUGUUCUUCAGACUUUGCCCCAGCUAACAGUUCUAGAUGGAAGAAAUAUUUGCGGUGAACCAGUAGACUUGGCAGAAGAAAACUUACAGUGUUUAGAAGAUAUUUUGGACUCUUUGGUUUCAUCUGCGUCCCCCCUGUACAAAGAUAAGAACUAUGCUACAUUGCCAGUGGUAACGCCUCACAUUGACCAGGCGUUAGCUCAUUUUCGUGAACGAACAAGAGUACCUGUACAAAGUGCUGUCAGCUCCUCUACAGAGGCCGUCUCAUCUUCAGAACCAGAAAAGGCCAAACUGGAUAGAAUAGACAGUGAGAUGAGGAUUAAAAAAAUAGAAGAUCAGAUUUCACAGAUACUGCAAAAGGUAUCUGAUGCCUCAAGAAAGGAUGCUCCUGCAAAUGUUCUCAAAGCUAAGAGAGACACAGAUCCAACUUCAGAGAGUGAACAUGAGAGUGAGAAGGAAAACAACGGAAAGGUGGUGAAAAGAAGCAAGAUCCCUACUUACCGUAGAACUGCCUUAUCUACGAGGUGUCAUGCUAAUCAUCCUAAGAGUAAAAUAACAGACAGGGAAGAGAAGAGUUCUUUAGAGCGUCCGUGCUCCAGUCGGAGAGACCCUGAUGUGAAUUCUUCAUCAGAUGCUCCAGACUUAAAAGUAGUGGGAAGAAGAGCUGAAUUAUUAAUAGGAAAGCAGAACCAUAUAGAAAAAGUAGAAGAAACUAAUUCAAAUGCCACAGAGGAAUCCACAUAUCGAGCACUGAUUCAAGAACUGGAUCAGGAGAAAGAAAGGCGGUGGAAAGCAGAGCAAGCUGAGAAGAAGUUAAUAGAGCAUCUCAAAGAACUGCAGAAACAUGCAAAAGAAGAAAAGAAUAUUCAGAGUAUGGCUGUAUACACUACAGAUAGGUUAAAGGAAUUGAUAUUGAAAGAGAGAGAUGUUAAAACAAGAUUGCAAGCAGAUGUCCAGCAAUUGAAAGGCGAAGCCGAAAGACUUACUAAUGAGUUAAAUCAGGCAAGAAAUAAAGAAGCAGAAUAUCAGAAGGCCAUGCAAGCUUUAGAAGAAACACUGUCCAAGACAGAGUCACAGAGGUUGCAGCAACGAACAGCAGAGAUGAAACAGAUUCAAGAAGCAGAACUUAAAGCAUCAGCAAAUGAAAGAGAAGUACAGUUGCUCCGGCUAGCUCUUCGACAACAGAAGGAGAAGGUAAAACAACUCCAAGAACUUCUCAUAUUAAGAGAGCAAGAACAGAGGAAAGAGCUUGAAACUCGAGUUGCUUUAAAUGGGCCUGAAUUCCAACAUGUGUUGUCAAAAGAAGUGGCUAAAGAAGAGCAAAGGCAUGAACAGCGUGUUAAAGAAUUUCAGGAGAAAAUUAAUGUGCUAAACCAGAAGUAUGUGGAGUUGGAAGAUGAAUUUCGUUUAGCUUUAACUAUUGAAGCAAAAAGGUUUAAAGAGGUUAAAGAUGCAUUUGAAAAUGUUGCUGCUGAGCUAGCUGAACAUAAACAGGACCUCUUUCAGUCUGAACAAAAGGAAAAACAGAUGGCAAGUCUGAUCCAAGACCUGACAAGUGUAGUGAAAGAACAGAAAGCAAAGAUUACGGAAUUAUUAAAAUCUAAGCUAGAAGCCACCGCAAACCUCAAGUGUCGAACUGGAGAACUUGAAACUGUGGCUGAGGGGGACAAGCAGAAGGCUGUUCAAAUUGAACUCCUGAAGAAAGAAAACACAAAACUUACUUCUCAGCUGACAGCCCAGGAAUCUCUGAUUGAUGGGUUAAAAAUGGAAAGAAAAAUAUGGGGACAGGAGCUGGCACAACAGGGAGCUCAUCUUGCUCAAGAUCGGGGAAAACUGGAAGCAAAAAUUGAAGUUUUAACAAAUGAGAUUGAGAUUUUAAAAAAGCAAAAGGAACAGGACAGUGAUGCUGUAAGAAUUAAAACCAAAAUAGUGGAUGAUCAGACAGAAACGAUUAGGAAAUUAAAAGAAGGUUUAAAGGAAAAAGACCAACAAAUCAGAAAACAACAUGAAGAAAAUAUUGAAGCUCAAAAGAUUUUUCAGAUACAGUUGGAUGAAAAAGCUGCCGAAUAUGAAGAGCUAAUGGAAAAAUUAGAAAGGCAAAGUGAAAGAAAAGAGGAAUUAAAGCAAAUGCUAGCAGAAAAAGAAGUAGAACUUGAUGAUGUUAAGAAAGCACACAGUGCACUGAAAAAGAAGUGGCAAGGUAAAGGAGAACUAUUAAGCCAGCUGGAGGUACAAGUUAAACAAAUGAAGGAGACCUUUGAUAUCAAAGAGAAGAAGUUGAUUGAGGAGAGAAAUAAAAGUCUGCAAACUCAGAAGGUUGCGAUGGAAAAGCUUCAUGCAAUGGAUGAUGCUUUUAGAAAACAACUUGAGUCAACAUUAGCAGCUCAUCAGGCAGAACUGUUGCAGUUGGCAAAUGAAAAGCAAAAAGAAAUUGAAGCAGCAAAUGAAAAAGUUUACCACGUUGAAGAAGAAAUGCGUCAGCUUCUGCAGGAAAUGGCAAACAACAAAAAAUCCAUGGAAAAUAAAAUAAGACGACUUACAACUGCACUGAAUGACAUUCAACAAGAUCUUUGAAACAAUACGCCUUACAUCUGAAGAGUUUUCCUCUUCAAUAUAUACACUAAGAAAGUGCAUGAAGUAAACAUACACAUACCUUACGAUGCACUUUUUUCCCUUGUUUUCUUUGAAGUGUUUUAAGAGAACAGAUUCUGAGAUGUAUAUUUUAAAG